UCAAAAAUAUCGGAAAAACGAUACAGUCGAUUCAUACAGUCCCCCAGGUAUACCCCCCGUUCCCUCAUCAGGUGCCUUCGAAGAACAGCAUUCUGGCGGAGUCGAUUCCCCAUGCACUACUAUUUCUCUCGGUUCCAUUGAAUUCGUCUUCAAGUUCGAUUAAAGAAACGGCACUGUCAAGGAAUCGACAAUCGAGUUUCCGGUGGGGCGACUUGAGCGAUUUCUGUUCAACAAGCCAGCUGCAAUUUUUGUUGCCUUUGAUCUGCGGUGGAAGGAAGAGAGAUCUCCGAUUGGCUUAAACUGCUCCAGAAGCAUUUGAUUCGAAUUGUUCUCUCGAACGGUUCCGUUUGGGGAGAUGUGCGGGGACUGAAUCUGUUUAUGGCUACUGGAAUUGAAAUUCAACCGUCGAGCGUCCACCGUGAGGUUUGCCUCUACAUUGGUGCUCAAUGGCAGUGUGAAGGAGCAUUGUUCCUUUUGAAGUAUGAGGAAACGCUUAGUCAGAGAAUCAAAUAGGUGGUUGCUGAAGGUUUUAUAGUAAACAAAAAGCCCUGCUGUUUUAAUAAGAAAGCAAAGCAGGCAAGUUUGUAGGGGAAAGAAAUAAUGGAGUGUAAUAAAGAUGAGGCUGCAAGGGCUAAAGAGAAAGCUGAGGAGAAAUUUACAGCAAGAGACUUAAUGGGGGCUAAAAAAUUUGCUUUGAAGGCACAAAAUUUAUUUCCAGGACUCGACGGUAUCUCUCAAAUGUUAGCCACGUUCGAUGUCUAUGUUUCUGCGGAAAAAAAAAUAAAUGGAGAAGUCGAUUGGUAUGCGAUACUUGGUCUGGAUCCACGAGCUGAUGAGGAAACAGUCAGGAAACACUACAGGAAACUAGCUCUUAUUCUUCACCCUGACAAAAACAAGUCUGUAGGAGCUGAUGGGGCUUUUAAGCUUAUUUCUCAGGCCUGGAGUUUGUUGUCUGAUAAAGCCAGAAGAGUAGUAUAUGACCAGAAGAGGAAUGGUAGAGUCAACAAAACUGUUUCAACUUCACGGGGGAGUUCGUCUUCACAAGCCGGGAGAAAUGGUUUUUACAAUUUUACAAAAAGUGCUACUACUUCAAAUAUGAAGAGACAGAAAAGUGCAUCCCGACCGGAUUAUGCUUCAGCUCCAUCUCAGAAACCAAGACUGACCUUUUGGACGGUGUGCCAUCGGUGCAAGAUGCAGUAUGAGUAUCUCCGAGUCUAUCUACAUCAUAAUCUUGUUUGCCCCAACUGUCAUGAGCCAUUCUUUGCUAUUGAAACGCCCCCACCCCCUUCGAACGGUGUGAAAUCUAAUGGAUGGGAUUUUACACAGCAAAGUUAUCAAACUGGCAGUAAAAAAGUUUCAUCAUCAUACAUGGGAGCUAGUGAAUCAAAUCAUUCCACACAUAGCCAAAACAACUUUCAAUGGGGUCCUUUCUCACGAACAGGUGGUGCUUCAUCGGCUGCUCAAGCUGCAACUGUAGUUCAGCAGGCAUAUGAGAAAGUGAAAAGGGAACGUGAGGAGGCACAAGCUGCGAAAAGAGAGGAACGAAGAAAGCACCCGACAUCUAAGAAGACCCCUGGUGCUUCAUCUACAGGGCACUCUGGUGCUGUAAAGAGAAGAAGAGGUAUAGAUGACAUUUCUUCUAGUUCCCAUGCAAGAGAUAUGACCAAUCAGUCAAAAACUGGCCUAGAAAGGACUAGGUUGGGAAAUCUGAAAGGUUGUACUCAGGGUAAUAUAAAUGGAAAUACCACGCUCCAGAGCUCUCAGGAUGUCUCUUUGAGUGAAUUUAAGAACUUAUUAAUCAAGAAGGCCAAGGUGGAAAUAAGGAAGAUGUUACGUGAAUUGAAUUCACGGAGUUCAACAACUGGUUCAGUCAAAGAGGGAAAUGGGAAGGAGAAGGUAACUGGGAAGACAGAAACAGCUCCAGUGAGUGGUAAACAGGAUGAUAAAGACAUGCCCAUUGAACUUCUGAAUUCAAAGAAGGAACCACAGUCAGUGAUUGAUUUUCCUAGCAAUUCAUGUCCCCGUGGUGCAGAAACACUGUCAAUAAAUGUCCCUGAUCCGGAAUUUCACAAUUUUGAUAGAGUCUGUACAGAAAGCUCAUUCGGAAAUAAUCAGGUCUGGGCGGCUUAUGACGAUGACGAUGGCAUGCCUCGACGUUAUGCCUGGAUUCAUAGUGUAGUAUCUUUGAACCCGUUUAAAUUGAAGAUUCGUUGGCUAAACUCAAUAAUUGGUGAUGACUUGGGUUCACUGAGCUGGGUAAGCUCCGGGUUUCAAAAAACGUGUGGGGAUUUUAGAACUGGGAGGCGUGAGAUUUAUAGUUCCCUUAAUUCUUUUUCACACAAGGUCAGAUGGUCAAAAGGCACAUACGGAGACAUUUGCAUACAUCCCAGAAAGGGAGAUGUUUGGACUCUUUACAGGAAUUGGUCCCCUGAUUGGAAUGAACUGACAUCAGAUGAGGUAAUACACAAGUAUGACAUAGUAGAAGUUCUUGAGGAUUAUAACAAAGAACUAGGUGUUUUUGUUACUCCCCUCGUCAAGGUGGCUGGUUUCAGGGCUGUAUUUCAUCGUCAUUUGGACCCUAGCCAAGUAAGAAGGAUCCCUAAAGAUGAGAUAUUCCGGUUUUCUCAUCUUGUACCUUCACAUUUGCUUACUGGUCAAGAAGGGCCGAACGCUCCCAGAGGUUGCAGGGAACUGAACCCUGCAGCCACUCCAGUUGAUCUUCUUCACGUCAUAGAAACUCCCAAGGAAGAAAUCAUAGAGAUUGAGGACUUUAAACCACAAAAUUCCGCGACCGAGAUCGUAGAUGUUAGUGAUGGAAAGACGGAGAAGAAACCGAGGGAAGCAAGAAAAGAGGAUAUGGUGAAACCUGUAGCAAUAGAAGUGGCGGAAGAUGUCCUAGAACUUAAACUGGUCAGGAAAACGGUGCAAACUAAUGAAAUGCAAGUUUCUUGAACAUGGAUUAUUUGUUCCUCGUCGUUGUGAAUGGUAAACAUUGUAGAAGAAGCUGAUUAGAAAUAGGUGACAUCUUUAGAGCAUUCUGACUUUCUUUUUCCCUCUGUAAGGAUUUGUUCGAUCGAUCCGUACUCGAAAAUCAUAGCCUUUUGAUGUUACUAUGCCUUUGAACUUGAAGAUCUUUAAGAAGGUUAAUUUAUACCCUUUUAUGUCA